AGAGAGUGGGUAGCAACUGCCUUUGUCAGUCUCACUCCAAAGCUCACACCUUUUGCGAGAGCAGUGGCACCUCUUUCCUCCGCCCUCCUCUUUACUUCCUCUCGUUCUCAUCACAAUCUCAUCUCUUUUUCUCUCUCCGCUUGAUUCCUGCUCUGCAUAUUCUCAUCUGGGUCUCUCUUAUCUCCUCGAAAAACCCUCAAAGAUUCAAUCUUUUUGCCGUGCUUCAUUAGUAUAGCUAUACCCUCUGUUUCUGGGUUUUGUUGGGGGUUCUUUUUGAAUUAGAGAUGGCUGAUAUUAAACCAGAGGAGAUCACUCAUCCUCCCAUGGAUCAGCUCCAGGGAUUUGAGUAUUGUAUUGAUUCCAACCCAUCUUGGGGGGAAGCGAUUGCUUUGGGAUUUCAGCAUUAUAUUUUGGCCCUGGGAACUGCUGUGAUGAUCCCUACUCUUUUGAUUCAGGCAAUUGGGGGUACUGAUGAUGAUAAGGUGAGAGUGGUACAAACGUUGCUAUUUGUAACUGGAAUUAACACAUUGCUGCAAACUCUCUUCGGUACUCGGCUCCCUACUGUUAUAGGAGGUUCUUAUGCCUUCUUAGUUCCAAUCAUCUCCAUUGUACAUGAUCCUUCGAUAAUGAAUAAUCCAGACCCACAUGAGAGGUUUCUUCAAACGAUGAGAGCCAUACAAGGAGCCUUGAUAGUUUCUUCAAGCAUUCAGAUUAUUUUGGGAUAUAGCCAGUUGUGGGGUAUCUGCUCGAGGUUUUUUAGCCCGUUGGGGAUGGUUCCAGUGGUUGCGUUGGUGGGCUUUGGCCUUUUCGAUAGAGGAUUUCCUGUGGUCGGACGAUGUGUGGAGAUUGGUGUUCCCAUGCUCAUCCUAUUUAUUGCAGCCUCUCAGUACUUGAAAUAUAUACAUGCAAGGAGAGUGCCCUUAUUAGAGAGAUUUGCACUACUCAUAUCAAUCACUUUGAUUUGGACCUAUGCUCAUAUACUCACCGUUGGUGGAGCCUACAGAAACAGACCUGUACGUACUCAGCUCAACUGUCGCACUGACCGCGCCAACCUCAUUUCUUCUGCACCUUGGAUCAAAAUCCCCUACCCGUUACAAUGGGGUGCACCUACCUUUGAUGCUGGCCAUGCAUUUGGUAUGAUGGCUGCUGUGUUAGUAUCCUUGGUUGAGUCAACAGCGGCUUACAAAGCUGCAGCCCGGUUGGCAAGUGCAACUCCACCUCCUGCUCAUGUUCUUAGCCGAGGCAUUGGAUGGCAGGGAAUCGGCAUUCUUUUAGAUGGGCUUUUUGGCACAGGAACUGGUUCCACUGUCUCAGUGGAGAAUGUUGGUCUUCUUGGAUCCACAAGAGUUGGAAGCCGAAGGGUCAUACAAAUAUCAGCUGGUUUCAUGAUAUUUUUCUCCAUGUUGGGAAAAUUUGGAGCACUUUUCGCCUCGAUACCAUUCACAAUCUUUGCAGCAGUCUACUGUGUUCUGUUUGGACUUGUUGCGGCUGUAGGUUUAUCCUUCUUGCAGUUCACAAACAUGAACUCUAUGCGCAACCUCUUCAUUGUUGGUGUCUCCAUCUUUCUUGGAUUAUCCAUUCCUCAAUACUUCUUCAAUUACAGCACGACUGCCGGCCAUGGUCCUGCUCACACUAAGGCUGGAUGGUUCAAUGACUUCAUAAACACAGUAUUCUCCUCGUCUGCAACCGUUGCGUUGAUCGUGGCUGUGUUUCUCGACAACACUCUCGAGUUCAAGGAAGCAGCAAGAGAUAGAGGGAUGCCGUGGUGGGUGAGGUUCAGGACAUUUAAAGGAGAUAGUCGAAAUGAGGAGUUCUAUACACUCCCCUUCAACCUUAACCGGUUUUUCCCUCCGUCAUGAGCUCGAUUUUUUGGUAUUCUUGGUAAAGGUUUGAAUAGAAAUGGGGGAGGGAAAAGGGUUGAUGAGACUCAGAUUGUUGAGCAGAGAAAAAGGGGUUUAGUUAGUGUAGGUUGUUGCUGAAUUUGUUGUUGUGUAGUAUUUAUUCGAAUUGAUUGUUAUUUAUAUUAGACAAUAAUACCAGUUCUUUUUGGCUAUUAAA